AUGAGCAGCUACCCGCACCGCUUCGUCCCCCCCAUCUAUCCGCGCCCAAAUCGCGCCAACUCGCUAUUGCUGGAUCUGCUCGAAUUCCCGCUCGCCACAGCCGACCCUGGUCCGGAUGUGCUUCUCAAGUGCGAUCUCGACAAUGUGCUAGACGUGAGCAAUGGACAUGAUACCCCGGCUGGCGCGCAGCAACAGAUUUACCCGCUGCCGAAUGGUCAGGAUGACGCAGCGGACCAAGAUGUCGCCAAGAUGAAGCAGAGCCAAGACCCUGACGUGCUUGAGGAGGUCGCCGCCUUCCCCGCCGCUGUGUUCACCAGUACAACCAUCUCGGCUUCCCGGCCGGCCCCAACCGCCUCGACAAGCAAUGACGUGCCGAAUUUGGUAGUCCAACGUGGCGGACGCACGUCUCAGUUCUCAGCCAAACAGCGCCGCGAACGGCACAACGCCAACGAGCGAAGACGGACGAACGCCGCCAAGGAUCGCAUCCGCGACAUGCGCGACUCGCCGAUGACCAGCGACGCAGCCUUCAACUGGGUCAAGGACAGCUACAGUGACAUUAUGGCCCUCAAGGAUCAACAGAAGCUUGCGGAAUCUGCAGCCACCUCAGUGUUGGGCUGGCGUGAAGAUAAGCGCGAGGUGACCAAGUUUGGUGACGAGAGCUCACUCGAGCUGAUGAUGACCCAAGACUUCCCCGGCAUCGUGUCGGGUGAGCUUGUGUUCAACACGUGGAACCUCUUAACUGUGCUUGAGGCUUUUCAAAAGAUCUUCCCACUCACCAAGGACCUGGCCGUACUGCAGACCAUCAACGAUGACUGCGUAAUCGUACGUAUAGGCAUCGCUCCGACUUACGACGCUCCUGUGGUGCACAGCAUCGUGGUGCUCGCUCGAGGUCAGAUCGAUGGUGGCUACCUCGUGAGCAUGCGCUCAGUGCCGCUGUCGGCGGGCCAGAAGGCCUUCGCAGCUGGUGAGGAGACUUACCUUCCUGUGCUGGCGUGGUUCAUGCUGUUGGACAAGUAUGAUGAGUGCGCUCAGCCAGUGUGUGAGGUGAUCGUGGGGGCUUCCGCCCAGCACAUGUCGAAGCGCGUUCUGCAGAGUCUGGCCAACGAGGUCGUCGCUGGUGUUGUGCGAUGGCAGGAGGCAGUGGGCCAGAGCAAGCACUGGCUGCUAUAA